GAAUAAAAAAAAUACAGGAACAAGAAUGAGCCCUCGGCAAUUCUGUCAAAAUUACUACAUUUUUAAAUUGAUUAUGCGUUUGUAAAAUUAUACAUUCAGUCUGCCAAUAUUUCUUAUCCAUUUUUUUUUUACUUUCCCGAAAGGUUCUGUAAUCCUUCCGACAUACAUUAUAAAUCUUUUGCAUACGCUUACGCAAUUGGUUGUAUUAUUCACCUUACAAAGAUAAUGUUUAAAGCAAAAACGGCGUUAUUGUGCAGGUACACUAGAAAAUAGAAACAAGCCUUUGUUUUCUCUUGAUGAAUAGAAGGGCAAGUAAUCCAAAAAAGCUUCCCACCAUGGUGGGGUUUUUAUCCAUGUUACGUACACGUUGCGUGUUUUAUUAAGUUAAAUAUCAGGUCACUUUAAUGGGAGUUCAAGAUGCAUCAUUUAAGUAAAAAAAACUGUACACAAAUUACAACAAAACUAGGACUUUUUUACCUAUAGUAGAAGAAAUAAAUUAGGUUAGUUUGUUACAGGCGGUUGGCGAUUAGGUUAUCGACAAACGUUGAACAAGGAUCCGCAGAAACGAAUUUAUUGAAAAAAUGAUAGUCCGUAGCACUGCGUUUGCGUCAGGAAUCGCGCACCUCACGAAUUUCCCGGACCUGGGAGAAAGGGAAACUUAUGGGAAAUUCACUUUGCCAUUGGCAUUGGCCUAUUUGUCUUCCGUCCUUCUCUCGUCGGUAUUUAAUGUGGAAACGGGACCAAACGACACCCCAGUCAGUUGCGCGUUGCCGAGAGGGUUAGAUUUGAUUUGUUUGUCGAUCUUUUCAUCAUUUUAAGCUACUUCCCAUAGUAUAUCAGCGAAAUGAUGACUGCGAUGACCAAGGGCUACAAAGUGACCGAUGCCGAAAGGAAAACGAGAGUCGGCAUCGCGGUGAAGAAUUUGGAGGAGCUAAAGAAAAAGACGGUCGACAAGUUUAAAUUGGCACAUUGUCCCGACGAAAUAGACUUUCAAACACCGGACGGGACCCUCGUCGACAACGACGAAUAUUUUCAGACAUUACCCGCGCAAACCCUUUUGAUUUGGGUGAAGAACGGCGAACGUGCCGAAACCGACGCGGAGCUGCUGUACAAAACUAUCAGGGAGGUGAACGAGGAGUAUCUGAAUGCGGGCGAGAAGGUCCAAGAGUUUUUCACCGAGAAAAUGAAGAACAAAGUUUUCAAAUUGGCUGAGGUGUUAAAAGGAAUCGACGUGGAAAAAGCGAAAUUGAGUGCCAAGAUUGAUCACCCUGAAUGGUUCGAAGGCUUGGGCACUCGCGCCAAGACAAAAGAGGAAUAUUUGUCAAUGAGGGCGCAGGAUCGCAUCCGAAUGUAUUUCUACAAAACAAAGGAGGAAUUGUUAAAGGCGACCGAGCUACCACCCGGGACGCUGUGCAAUUUAUUAAACGACUUACAGAGUAAACUGAAAUUAAAUAAAUACCACGGCUAUUAUUUCGACAGGAACGCUGCUGCUGGAGACGCGAACGUAAGCGCCCUCUGCAAUGUGGCGGGCGUAUUUACGUGUCACGGACGGUGGGACAAAAACGGUUGUCUUUACAAUCCGUCUCAUUCCAUUAAUCCUUAUACGAGUCGGGAGGAGAGGAUCGUCUUUCAAACGUGGAAUCUGGAUCAUCAAGUCGAACGAUCCAGAAGUAUCAUACCGGCGAUACGCGAAGCUUUGCGGGAAUCCGGGAAGAUUAUGAGGGACGAAAAACCCUCCGUCGACAUAAAGGCAAUUUACAACGACUUGUUUACCCUCAAUAAUCUAAAGCUGGUACAUAUCGUGUGCCACGACAAGGGGGCUCACGUGACUAAGAAAGCUGGACCCUAUCUGAUUACCUAAUGAGAUUCGACUCGUUGGUAAAUAAUUCGCCAGACAGAUUGAUAAUAUAUUUUUCGAUAUCAGAUUUGUUUGACAAAGUAAAUAAUAUAUUUUUUCUGGGUUUAUUUGGCGUGACUCACUUGAAAUUGGUAACAAAAAGGCUGUUUUGCUUAAAAUAUUAGGCACCUUACAGAACAUAAAAUAUUUUUGCAAUAACAUUUUAAAUUACCCUUGUAUAACACAGUUGUUAAACAUUUGAUGUAUUUUGGUGAAAGGUAGGAAAAACCUCGUAAAAUAAAUAGUUCGUUGUUAGAAAAUAAUUUUAGCAUUCAAUUAUCAGUAGACAAUAUAGAAACAAUUAGAGCGCCAACUUUAGGAGUUGAUAUUUGACAAAUGAUUUUUUUUUAUGGAUUAUUAUUUUUAAAUUAAAUUAUUAUUUUACUUGAUAAUUUUUCCGGUGGCACCAUUUUUUUUUCAGUGUUUUUUUUAAAUUAGUUUGAGUUUUAUCGGUGGCUUAAUCCUUUUAAAUUGAAACGCUCUAAAUGUUGAACGUGACAACGAGAAUCCGAGAAAAAUUGCCAUUUAGUUUAUACAAUUAAGAAUAGUGUUUUAUGUAGGUUAGAUUUAAAUAGCAUUUUUUUAAUUCGUUUCCAAAAUUUUUCUUCUAUUAUCAAAACACCUGUUUUGCUGCCAAAUGCGUGCAACAAAAUUACUAUUUCCAGAUUCAAAUGGGCCACACUACUCUAUAGACGAUCUUUCAAAGCGCUUCGAAUAUACUUGACAAUUCAAAGCUAAAAGAACGUAAAAAAAAAUAUUUCACAUUUCACUUUUGAUGACUAAACCAAACCGUAUAAUUGUUGCAAGUUUACAACAUACCUUUUUAUAUUUUUAAUAAUUUUAUUGUAGAUUUUCAGUCGCCAGGAAGUAAUACUUGAUAUAACUUAUUUAGUGAAAAAAAGGAAACCCCCUCAAAUUUUUUUUAAAUAUUUUAGUAAAAUCAGUUAAAAUCUUCCAUCCGAUUAUCUUAAAAAUGUCUGUCGUAAUCUAACAACAAUUGGUUAACUCAAUUUUAAAACAAUGCGCCACAAUGCGAAACCCUCUAAAUAUAAAUAUAUAUAUAUAUA